GUUGCAGUCAAAAUAUAUAAAUAUAAACACCACUAUAGUGCAGUGCAAGCUAAGCUAACAAUUAAGUCCAUGGAGAAGCAAGAACAAAAAAUAAUAAUAAAUGACAAUAACAAUGAACUGCAGCAAAAGGGAGAAAAUACGGAUUCUGGUUCGCCACCGCCGCCGUGUUCGUCUACCUUAGCCCCUGACGGCGACCAACUCAGUCCGGUUCACGAUCUCUCAGACCCACUGCUCUUGUCCUCUGCCGUCUACUUUGACGACAUCUUUGGGCCAUCUUCCACGGGACUAGUAGGGAAACAAUACACUGGUCAGGGAUUGUUGUGUAGGAGUUAUAAAUUCAAAAGUGGAGCUCUCCCUGCAGAUGGGAGUGGAGGCAUAAUAAUGGAUGGGGAGAGAAAGAUAAAAAGUUCAAUGCCAGAGAUUGGUGAAGGAGAAGAAUGGCCAACCAAUUUCACCACUUCUAUAUAUUAUGGUGGUCAAGACGUGGUUGAUACCACCCCUUCCUCUCACCCAAAGAAAAAAGAUGGAGAUGAUGAUAAACAUGUGGAUAACUAUGGUACCCAAGGUGAUUGGUGGAAAGGGUCAUACCAUUACUGAAGCGAGGAGCUAAUUAAGUACGUACAGCUGCAUGGAGUUGCAUGCACGUCACAAAACACACUAAUUUCUGGUUCUUUAUUUUGUGUUUAUUUUUUUCCUCCUCUUUUAAAAGGCACUUUGUAAUAAAGUUGUGCAUGUGAUGCAACAGCAAUAUCCUUUGUAUCUUAAAUUAAUUAAUACUCCCUUCCUCCCAUAAAACCCUUCAUAUUUGAAAAAAUAGACGCAUGACGGAUAAGUUAUAAUGAAAGAAUAACACCAAAUUACUCAUUUUAAAUGCACUCUUUUUUUAAAUAGAAAGAGUUUUAUUGGACGGAAGGAGUAGCUAUUAAUGUUGUCAACUUCAGAGUUGCUAGGUAUCCCAUAUCCUACAAUAAAGUUAGGUUAAAAAU